UCUCAGUAAUUGUUAACGCUUCGCAAAGUGUCGUUGUUCGCCAAAUCAAUUAAACGGCUUUAAGUUUUUCUUUAGAAAAUUUCAAAAAGGGAAGUCGCAUUUUAAGGCGACAUUUAAGUUGGUGUGAAAAUUUCCCUUAAAUAAAGGAUAUAGACAAAAGGAUUGUGCUUAUUAAAGGGAUAUGUUAAUGUUAAAGAUACUCUUUUUUAUAGUUUACAUAACUUUGGCUAAUUGUGGUGUUAUAGGUCCCUAUGGACCCCAUUAUGCCCACGAAGGUCCAUUACACUAUGGACCAUAUGCGCCUCAUGCUCCUGUAGCAUAUGCACCUGCACCAAAACCAGCGGCACCGGAACCUUAUGAUCCGGCCCCUAAAUACAGUUUUGGUUAUGACAUACAAGAUGGCUAUACAGGCGACUCAAAGAGUCAACAUGAAACUCGUCAUGGUGAUGUGGUCAAAGGCAGUUAUUCGGUUGUAGAUCCUGAUGGUACUAAACGCACGGUGGAUUAUACAGCCGAUCCUCAUAAUGGUUUUAAUGCUGUGGUGCGUAAAGAACCCUUGGCUUAUAAGGCUCAUGCUCCGGUAUCAGUAGUACCAGUACCGGCACCUGCUCCUCCUUUACCGCCAGUGCCUAAAGCUCCCGCCCAUAUACCGGUUGCUUUGCCCGUACCUGCACAUUAUGGUCCAGCUCCUGCACCAGCUCCAGCACCAGGCCCUUUGCCAGGUCCUCAUUAUGCUGCUUAUCCGGCUUUGCAUUACGGUCCCUAUGGUCCGGGACCAGGCCCGGAUGGUCAUCAUUUGGGUGCCUAUUAUCAUAAAUGAAUAUAUUUUAUAUUCUCUCGACUUUAAACAGCAUACGGCGACUUUUUUCAAUUACUUUUUUUCGCUCAGUUUUUUUUUCGUUUCAAAUCUAGUGCUUAAUUUCUAGUUUAUUUUUCCAGUCUAAACUUUCUGUAUAAAGCUCUUAAACUUUUACUGUUAUUUAUCCUUUUUUGUUAUUUUCCUUAUUUAUGCGUAUCUUUAAUUGCUAGUUUAUGUCCUCUUACUACCUCUUUUAGGGUUGUUUUGCUUUGCAACUUUUUGCCUUUAAUUCGCGUUUCCAGUUUCGCGUAAAAGCAUUUUCCGUUUAUAGGGUUCAUUCAGUUCAGUGUGUAAGUUGUGCUUUUGUAUUUAAUACUUCCUUCUUGUCUUAUUUUCCUCGUUAAUUUAAUUUCCUUUUACAAAUCUGUUGCUUUACUUGUACUUAAUUCUAGCAAAAACUUUUUGUAUAAAAAAAUAAUUUUUAAUUUAAUAAAUACAAUGUGUGUGUUGUUGUUUUCAUAUAAGAAAGUUAUUUUUUGGUAAA